CUGGAUUAGUGCCUGAGAAUCUGCCCCAGCCUCUUCCUCCUGAGCUGCUGAGACGCCUUCAGAAAGGGCACGACAGCUCGCUGCUCGCUUCACCUCCAGCCAAGCCUUCCACAUGAGCCAGCCAAGCCUUGCCUCCCCACCAGGAUGAAGAAAGAAAAGAAAACGCAUGCUUUACUGUUUCUCCUCCUGCUUCACUCCACUUUGGCAAGGCAAUUGGACUAUGCUCCACAUUUCUAUGAUUAUGGACCCAGCAGUACACAUGGGAACAUGGCCUUGUUCAGCAUCUCUGAGGAUACACCAGUUGGGACACAGAUAUACAUUCUGAAUGGCACAGAUCCAGAGGACGAUCCGGUGCAAUAUGGUCUGACUUUUGAGAAGGGCUCCAAAGAAUAUUUUAGGGUGGAGUCCAAGUCAGGAAACGUGACUCUAGUUCAGGAGCUCGACAGAGAGACACAAGAUGAGAUCUCAGUGCUCGUGAGCAUAACAGACGGGCGUAAUAAAGUUGUUGAGACAGUUAGAGUGUUUGUAACUGAUGCAAAUGAUGAACCACCUGAAUUUCAAAACCUGCCUUUCAUCAUCAACAUCCCAGAGGACACUGCAGCUGGGAGCAGCAUCUACAGAGUCCAAGCAGUGGAUAGAGAUAUGGGCUCAGGAGGCAGCGUGUCUUAUUACCUACAGAGUUCAGCUGUUGCCAAGUUUACCAUCGACGGGCACAGCGGAGUCCUGAGAGUCAAACCUGGGGAGACUUUGGACUACGAGAGCACGCCCACGCACUUUGUGACCGUGGUUGCAAAGGAUGGAGGGGGAAAGUACAAGGGGAAGCACCAGGUUUUGACCUCCACUGCCACCAUGACCAUCAAUGUGCUCGAUGUGCAGGACAUGCCUCCGUCCUUCGUAGGAACCCCUUACUUUGGCUACGUCUACGAAGUCUCAAUUGCUGGUUCUGAGAUUUUCACUGUGUACGCUAAAGAUGGAGAUCAAGGCAACCCGAAUCCGAUCCAUUAUUCCAUUAUGAACGGCAGUGAUGGUGUCUUUGACAUAAACAGCACCAGUGGAUGCAUCACCCUGACAACUAAUCCAAAUCUGCUGUCAAAUGAAUUAUAUGAAAUAAUAGUCAAGGCGUCUGAGUUAGGACCAGACAAUCGGCUGCUGGAAUACGACGUUACCUUGGUGACGGUCCGGGUGGUGGAUCUCAACAACCAUCCUCCGACUUUUUACGGCGAGAACGGACCUCAGAUUAAGUUUGAGGUCACCAUGUACGAGCAUCCUCCUGCAGGGGAGAUCCUCCGAGGCUUCAAGAUCACCGUCAAUGACUCAGAUCAGGGAGCUAACGCUAAAUUCAAACUGAGGCUGGUGGGUCCGAGUCGAGUGCUGCGAGUCGUUCCCCAGACGGUCCUCAAUGAAGCGCAGGUGACCAUCAUUGUGGAAGACACAUCUGGCAUCGACUAUGAAAAGGGACCAACACUUUCUUUCAAGCUGCUGGCGGUGGAGAUCGACACGCCUGAGCGGUUCAGUGCAACAGCUGACAUAGUGAUCAACCUGCUGGACACCAACGACAACGUCCCCAAAUUCACGUCCGAGUAUUACAUCGCCAGAGUCGCUGAGAACUCACCUGGAAGCUCCAGCGUUGUGUCUGUGACAGCAAAUGAUCCAGAUUCAGGGCCCUGGGGUGAAGUCAAAUACACGAUUUAUGGAUCAGGAUCAGAUUUGUUCUCCAUCCACCCGGCGACAGGCCUCAUCUCCACGCAGCCCUGGACCAGCCUGGACGCAGAGGUCAGGUCCAAAUACAACUUCUACGUCAAGGCUGAAGAUUCGGAGGGGAAGUACAGCUUGGCGGAAACCUUUGUCACGGUGCUCGACAUAAACGACCACUCUCCAUCGUUUGAUGAACAACUCCUGGAAAAGACCAUGAUAAUUGGUACACCAGUCAGAGUGGAGGCAGUGGAUGAAGAUGCAGAGUCUCCGAACAACGUCAUCGAGUACUCCAUCAUGACGGCAGAUCCCGACAACGCGUUUGACAUCAAUGCAGACACAGGAGAGAUCCAGCUGAAGCCGUACAUCAAGUCCAUGGAGAUUGUGCAGAACAUCACCAAGCAGAAGGACUGCAAGUGGUCUCUGGUGGUCCAGGCCAGGGACCGAGGCUCUCCAUCCUUCAGCACAACGGCCGUGGUCAACAUCGAUAUCACUGAGGCGACUCCUCUCAAGGGGCCUAUGGCGGCCUUUUUAAUGAAAAGUAGGGACAAUCCAAUGAGAGCUCUAGGCAUGGUAAUUGUUGUCAUUAGCUUAAUGGUAGGGGUGACUGUCUUGAUCUCUACAGUGAUGUACAUGCGCAACUUAAAGUCAAACAGGGUCCUGCCAGCACGGCGCAUCAUUAAGAGGCGAACCAGGAACCAGAAGCCCUGGAUCUUCAAAUCACCUGUUGUCAAAUUCAAUAACCCUGAUGAGUUGCUCAUAGUCAACCAAGAUAGAAAAACCAACAGCCCCCGACUGAGGCCUCCACCCCCCUGCGCUCCUCCGCCCCCAUGUAACACACGGUCCAAUGAGAGGUCUUGGGCGGUCCCGACAGUAUCUGGUGUGCUGGCGUCGAAAGGCUCCAUGAAAAAAGCUAAAUAUUGCCAGCUCAAAGAGGGAAAUUUCAGCUCUGCUUUGGUGUCAGAGCUUAAAAUGAGGCUUGAGCAGAAAAUCGUUGAGAGCAACCAAAGUAAUUAUUAA